ACGGGACUUUUCAUAUUAAAAACGUAGAAAAUACGACGAAUCACACGAAUGUAGAGAAUACAAUGAACUACGAGAAUGUAGAGAAUACAAUGAACUACGAGAAUGUAAAGAAUACGACGAAUCACACGAAUGUAGAGAAUGUAAAGAAUACGACGAAUCACACGAAUGUAGAGAAUGUAAAGAAUACGACGAAUCACACGAAUGUAGAGAAUGUAAAGAAUACGACGAAUCACUCGAAUGUAGGGAAUGUAAAGAAUACGACGAAUCACACGAAUACAAUGAACUAUGAGAAUGUAAAAAAUACGACGAAUCACACGAUUGUAGAAACGAAUCACACGAUUGCAGAGAAUACGACAAAUCGCACGAAUGCAGAAAAUAGGCCAAAUAGUACAAAUGUAGAGGAUACAGUGAAGAAAUAUACGGAUGUGAACUAUUUAGAAUUUGACCUAAUAUAUAAUAAAUAUGUUAAGAAACAUAAUAGAAUAGUUUCCAAACUAUUAGCCAAACCUAAUUCAUCAAAACUUCCGAAAGUUGUCGUUGUCCAACCAGACUUGACGCAAGGAUUCGGAAACCGCAUACCUUCAAUGGUUUGUGCUUUUAUAUAUUCACUAAUAUCUGAUAGGUUAUUCUUUAUUGAUGGAUAUGAUAAUUUCUCAAGUUAUUAUGAGAAAGACUUUGAACAUGAUUGGAAAUCGGUUGCAGAUAUGUAUAAAAAUAGUACCUCUAGACAUUUACAUAAGGAAAAUAGCUAUAAUGACUUUCCGUUGGUGGCGAGAGGAAACCUUAGCAACGAGAAAACUGAUAUUUUAUAUGUUUACACAUGGGAUUAUGUAUGUGCUCCAAUAAUAUCAAAUCCUCAUUAUAAGGAAUGGUUUAAUAAAGUAAUACCUGAUUAUAAAGUUUUUACAGCAAUCAGCCUAAAAUUAUUAAGAUUGCACCCAAAUAUUAGUAAACAAGUAGAGACUUUUGCGGAUAAUAAUUUUAAUGAUUAUAAUAUAGGAAUUCAUUUAAGAGAGAAAAAGAAAACACUUGGAUUAAUAACAGCUGUGGAACAUUACAUUGAAGUAGUGAAAAUGUUGAUGUUAGAAGUGAAAAACAAGAAUAUAACUAUCUUUGUGGCUGCAGAUAGUAAUGAUGGUCGUAAAAAAUUAGUAAAUUUACUUCGCAAAAUAAUUACUUAUAAUAACAAUUCUAUUAAGAUAGUUCAUACUGAUGAUGAUAUGGAUGCACAAAAUCCUUUUAAUUCGAACACUGGUUCGGAAGUAGGCGCUCUUAUCGAUAUGAAGUUGCUUGGUUUAUGUGAUGACUUGGUGAUUACAUAUGCUUCUUCAUUCGGUUUCGUUGCUGCUGGAUGGUCACAAAAAGUGUUUCGUCGUCAAAGAGGUCCAUUUGUCGUAAUGCCAAUAACAAACUCGAGCGAUGAUUUUUGGACUGCAGAUAAAGUUUGGGUGUAUGGUGCUAUAUCGAGCGAGCCUUGCAUGUACCUAAGCAAGUGGCUAAUUGAUCAAGAAGAUGAGGAAACCAGUAGUGCUUUUAAGUCCAAUCCUUUAUGGAUUCAUUAUAGCCAGUGCCAUUGGCCGAUAUAG